UGCAAAUGAAUUCAUAAAGCAAAAGGCGCCGCUUUACGCGGUCAACCCGUUACCAAUAAAAGCCCACAAACUUUCUACCUUGAUUUUGCACCCAAUCAUAUUCGUAGAAACCGCUCUAUAGGUCUCGACAUCGAUUCCCAUUCCCGACAACCUGUUUUUCUGCCAUUGUUUAUAUUUCUCGGGAGGGCUGCUGAGCAGUGGCGUUUGAUAUCCAUGUUGGGCAAAGGUGCUUGAUCAGCAGAGCAGAGGUGAGGUGAGGGAAUAUACACAGAGCGAUCUUGGCUAUGGCUUCUCAUGGUAAUCCUGCUGCUCCGCCGGAAGUUCAAGAGGUGCCUUACCCGGAUUCUGUAGGUUCCUGGGGAGGUGAAUCGGAAGAGGGGGCGGGAGCUCCACGCGUGAGGUUUAUGUGCAGCUAUGGCGGCCGGAUUCUUCCCCGUCCGCAUGAUAAUCAGCUGAGAUAUGUUGGGGGUGAGACUCGAAUCGUGGCCGUGAGCCGCCAUAUCUCGUACUCGUUGCUCAGCGCGAAGCUUUCGAAGCUCUGCGGAAGCAACGUGACUUUGAAAUACCAGCUCCCGAAUGAGGACCUGGAUGCGCUUAUUUCUGUUACUACGGAGGAGGAUCUUGAUAAUAUGAUGGAGGAAUACGAUCGGCUCACGGUGAAAUCUUCGUCUUCGUCGUCGGCAAGGUUGAGGCUUUUCUUGUUUCCGGCCAAGUUGGAGAACGCUACCAGCUUGGGGUCUCUGCUUGAGGGGUCGAAAAGGGAGCACUGGUUCGUCGACGCGCUUAAUGGCGUGCCGAUUUUGUCGCGCGGCCGGUCUGAGGUUUCGUCCUUGGCGUCGGAUGUGCCGGAUUAUUUGUUUGGGCUUGAUAAUCUGGAGGAUUGGGAUCGAGACGAGCGCGCUUCGAAGCCUGCGCCUGCGAAUCGGAAGAGUCGCCUGAAUUUGAACUCGCAGUCGCCGGAGGUGCACUCUGCGCCGGGGUCUCCCAUGCCGGAAUCUUCUCCUUACGGUUCCACUUCCUCCGCUCCUCCUUGUAUCGAUUCUGGAAUGCUCGAUUUGCCGCCCGUGAAGCGUGAAGGAUUCGACCGCCAGACCUUGGAGAUUCAUGAGGAAAUACUCCCGCAACCUUUAAGCGCGGUGGGGCCGCAGGAGAUCGGGCUUCGAACUCAGGACCCGCGGCUGGUUUUCGAGGAUCACAUGACCAAAAUGAUUUUCAAGCCCGAAACCACCAUGACCAAAACCUCGCCCGAGGGUUUAACAAAGGAAUUCGGCCAAUUUCAGAUCAGUAGAGAACAUCAGGAAUCUUUUGAAGCCGUGCCAGAAAGCCAACCAGCAACAAUUAAUCCGGCCCCAAAAUCGCCGCCGCCGAUGAAGGCGGAGGGCAACCAGAAGGACGCCGGCCAACCAGACUCUGCAACCAUGCGACAAGAGGGCAGCUCAUCGAGUCUGGCCAGCAUGAAGCGGGAGGGCAGCGGUUCGAAUCUCUCCGCCUACGGCGACGACUCCAGAAAUCCCCAGCAAGACAGGACUAAACCUAUUCCGGCAGAGCUCCGGGCAGAGGAGAUUUACAAGCCCCCGCCGGAGAUGCUGAUGCAGCAGCAGCCGCAACAAUAUGUUCCAGAGCAGCAUUAUGUGGAAUACACACAGGCGCCUCAUUUUGUCCAUCCUGGACAAAUGCCGACUGCAGCCUACUGGCAAAUGCACGAUGACGGCGCAGUCCCCAUGUACUUCGUUCCCGCCGGAGCAGCAGCAGCACCAUCCCCUGUUCAGCAGCAGCAGCACCUUCCACGUCAGCAGCCUGCAUACAUGCCUGUCCAGCGAAUCCCUGCAUCCGUUGCUUACACGGCCCCAGUGCAGGGGGGACCACCACCUGGACCCCUUACACAGAAAAUUUCAGGAGUUGCCCCUGCUCCCUACCCUCCAAAAACAGCCGGAAAGAUCCCAAUGUACAGGGCAUCAUCCAGGACAGUUGCGCCUGAUCCAAGGGUCAUGAUGAGACCUCCUGCUAUACCUUCCUCUGAUCAGUAUGCCUACGCUUAUGAAGCAGCAAACCCUAGCCCCCUUACUCAGCAGAUGUAUUAUACUCAAAAGGCCACGCUCAUGAACCCUCCAUACCAAGGUGUCAUGGCUCCUCCUGUGACUGUAGAUCUCCAGGCUGCUCCGGAGAAAAUUGUGGAGGGCCAAAAGGCGAGCAGAGUUUCUCAGUCUCUAUGAGUUUGAAGAUGAUCAUCAGAUUAAAGGCAUUAGGUUUUUACAGUCUGUUGAUGAAUUUGAGAACUUGUGGAUUUGACUGCCUGUAUCAUCAGAUUUUCUGCAUUUCUUUUCUUAUCCUUUGUUUUCCUUGUCUGGAAUUGUAUCACCUAGGAAGUGCCAAAACCCUUGGGCUUUUCGUGGCCCUGUUUAAAUGUACUUUUGUGACAGGCAACUGUGUGAAUAGCUUUCAAGUUUUAAAUAUAAUUCAAUUAAAAAAUAAAUCUGUAAACAUUUGUACAGAACUUAAAGCUUC